AUGUCUACCAAAACCACCAUCAAGAGUCAAACCAGCCACCGUGGCUACAGUGCCAGCUCAGCCAGAGUGCCUGGGCUCAACCGCUCUGGCUUCACCAGUGUGUCCGUGUGCCGUUCCCGGGGUAGCGGUGGCUCCGGUGCAGUGUGUGGAGGAGCUGGCUUUGGCAGCAGGAGCCUCUAUGGUGUAGGAAGCUCCAAGAGGAUCUCCAUCGGAGGGGGCAGCUGUGUGAACCUGCAAAUCGACCCCACCAUCCAGCGGGUCAGGACUGAGGAGAGGGAGCAGAUCAAGACCCUCAACAACAAGUUUGCCUCCUUCAUCGACAAGGUGCGGUUCCUGGAGCAGCAGAACAAGGUCCUGGACACCAAGUGGGCCCUGCUGCAGGAGCAGGGCACCAAGACCGUGAGGCAGAACCUGGAGCCUAUGUUUGAGCAGUACAUCAGUAACCUCCGCAGACAGCUGGACUGCAUCAUUGGAGAGAGGGGUCGCCUGGACUCUGAGCUGAGGAACAUGCAGGACACAGUGGAGGACUACAAGAGCAAAUAUGAAGAUGAAAUCAACAGGCGUACAAAAGCAGAGAAUGAAUUUGUGAUGCUGAAGAAGGAUGUAGAUGCUGCCUACAUGAACAAGGUUGAACUGCAAGCCAAGGCAGACAGUCUGACAGAUGAGAUCAACUUCCUGAGAGUUAUUUAUGAGGCAGAACUGUCUCAGAUGCAAACUCAGAUCUCAGACACAUCUGUGGUCCUAUCCAUGGACAACAACCGCUGCCUGGACCUGGACAGCAUCAUUGCCGAGGUCAAGGCCCAGUAUGAGGACAUUGCUCAGAGAAGUCGGGCUGAAGCUGAGUCCUGGUACCAGACUAAAUAUGAGGAGCUUCAGGUCACAGCUGGCAGACAUGGGGACGACCUGCGCAACACCAAGCAGGAGAUCGCUGAGAUCAACCGCAUGAUCCAGAGGCUGAGAUCUGAGAUCGACCACGUUAAGAAGCAGUGUGCCAACCUGCAAGCUGCUAUUGCUGAUGCUGAGCAACGUGGGGAGAUGGCCCUGAAGGAUGCCAGGGGCAAGCUGGAAGGGUUGGAAGAUGCCCUGCAGAAGGCCAAACAGGACAUGGCCAGGCUGCUGAAGGAGUACCAGGAGCUCAUGAAUGUCAAGCUGGCCCUGGAUGUGGAAAUCGCCACCUACAGGAAGCUGCUGGAAGGAGAGGAGUGCAGGUUGAAUGGUGAAGGUGUCGGACCAGUGAACAUCUCUGUGGUGCAGUCCACCGUGUCCAGCGGCUAUGGCAGUGCAGGUGGUGCCAGCAGCAGCUUAGGCCUGGGUGGAGGCAGCAGCUAUUCCUACGGCAGUAGCCAUGGUCUUGGAGGUGGCUUCAGUGCUGGCAGUGGCAGAGUCAUCGGAGGUGGCCUCAGCUCUUCUGGUGGCAGCCUUUCCACCAUCAAAUACACCACUACCUCCUCCAGCAAGAAGAGCUACAGGCAGUGA